CGCUCAGGGUUCAGAGUUCAGGGGUUGCCAACGAAGGAGGAAGAUGGCGGCAGGCAGACUGAGCCGCAGGCAGCGAUGAAACGGGUUUAGCAGGCAGAUAAUACCGAGGAGGAAAGCGCCUGUGCUGCAGAUUCCGACCACCAUCCUGUAAGACUCUACCCCCGAGGAAUAAGGACACCAAUGGCGCUGCUUUACGGCUUGUUAUGGCGGCUCCUGCUUGUUCUGGUCCACAUCAACAGAGCGCUCGUGUCUUGGCUCCGUGUCCGGCUUCGGGGCUGGAAGGGUCGGCUGUGGGAGCGGGCGAUGGCCGCUCUGCUGCUGCCGGUGGCCCUGGCCGGGUUCCCGGACCACCAGAAGAAACUGAAUCAGAACCCCGAUGCUAACGCUAACCCGGUCACGGGAAACCGCACUGCUAGUCGCCGGUCACGGUGGCUGUCUGACGGCAGGUCACUGGAGAAGCUGCCGGUCCACAUCGGCCUGUUGGUGGCGGAGGAAGAGCCGAGCUACACGGACAUAGCGAACCUGGUGGUGUGGUGUAUGGCUGUCGGUAUAUCGUAUGUCAGCGUCUAUGAUAAUCACGGUAAACAUUUUACACUUUAUCUUCACUCUCCGUCUCCCUUCAGUGUCUCUACUGCCCGAAUAAACGCACACUUUUCAGUUUACCUUUCAGCAAAAUGAUAUCUAACUCACUGCUCAACGU